CUGAAGCGAGAAGACAUGCAAUCUUUUACGGCUACAUUUUACGAUGCAGAGGAGAAAAUUUGGUCAGGUCCAAAACGUAAACAGUUUUAUGGUUCGAAUAUGACACUUGGUGAAGUUGCUUUAUUGGAGUGGAGCCGUAAUCCAGAAAAGAUAGUACAAAUAAUGGAUAGUACGGGUGAGAUUAAGACUGCAGCAGAAUUGGCGCAUGAGAGUAAAAUAAUUGCAAAUAAUCUUAUGCGGUUGGGUCUCGAUGCACAUGACGUCGUUGGUAUAGCUGCCAAUAACUCAACAUAUUUGACUGCAGUUGUGGUAGCUGCUUUUCUGUGUGGUGCACCCAUAAAUGCACUAUAUCCGUAUUUUGAUAAAGAUAGUGUAAAAAUAGUUUUUGAAGUAACAACACCGAAGAUAAUUUUUUGUGAUGUACAUAACUACGAGAUUAUAAAAAGUGCAAGGGAUGAGCUACAUUUAACGGCUGAUAUAUAUCUGUUGAAUGGAGUGAUUCAUGGUGUGCGAAAUGUUAAAGAACUUUUAGUUCCAGUUGAAACAGUUGACUUGCACUCUCUGUCGUUUCCAUGUACGCACUUAAGUGGGGAUCAUACAGCUGUCAUAUUGUGUUCUUCGGGUACAACAGGUACACCAAAAGGAUCUCUUUGUUCGCAUGAGGCUUUAAUGAAUUUACCAACAUUCCAAAAUACUACUUCUGAUACAGUUCUAUUCACCUUCAGUACAUUGUACUGGGCUUCUGGCUUAUGGACAUUUACUGCUGCUAUCUUAAAUGGCGCUAAACGCAUUAUAACGAAUAAGCCAUUCACUCCAGAAUAUUUUUUACGCUUGAUAGACACGUAUCGUAUAACACAUAUCAUUUCGGGACCGGAAUAUAUUGCUCAAGUCUUACAAAAUGCAACAGCAGAAACAAGUGCACGUCUGUCAAGCAUACAAUAUCUAUUAUGUGGUGGUUCCAAAGUUCCACAGGUUAUUUCUGAAAAAUUUAAUGCUCUUUUAGGUACUCAGCCAAAGCCGGGACUAGUUGUCGCAUAUGGCAUGUCUGAGUUGUCAACUAUGCUCUCACAAAAUGACGGUGGUCCAGGUAAGCGUCGCGAAGGUACUGAAGGUAAACUUACGCCGAAUAUGCAAGUUUGUAUUACAACUAAGAACGGUGAAAAACUUGGAAUCAAUAUGCCAGGCAUUAUAAAUAUACGCACACCAUAUGCUUGGCUGGGUUAUUAUCGCAAUAAAGAGGUUACCGAGAAGAGUUUGUCCAAUGGUUGGUUGAUAACUAGCGACAUUGGUUAUUUUGACGAAGAUGGCUUUUUACAUGUCUGUUCUCGUGAUAAUGACGUUUUUAAAUCACGGAAUUUUCAAAUCUAUCCACAACAAAUUGAAGAAGUGAUCAUGCAAGUGCCUGGGGUACUGGAAGUUUGUGUUUUCGGCAUACCAGAUCUUGUGACUACCAAUUUUAUUGCUUGUGCAGUUGUGCGUACUAAUAAUAUAGAAGGCGAGCGCCUUACUGUAGCUAAGGUGGAGGAAUAUGUUGCAGAAAACAUGGCUGCAAUUUACCAAAUAAAGGGUGGUGUGUUCUUUUUAAAUGAAUUGCCCAAAACUGGAUCUGGCAAGGUUCUCAGAAGAAAAGUUUAUGAUUUAGUUAAAUCUUAAUAAAUAAAAUAAGGAAAUGAA